AACUCCAAAGUAAGAAACAAUUGCUCAAAAGGAAUUUACUUUCAGUAUACAUAGGAAAUAUACUCAAGUUCAGCGGUUUCAACGCUCCUGGGAAUUUAAAAAUGUUUCAAGCCUUUGUUCGGCAAGCAUAUCAACCACUAUCCAGCCACCAGCAAGGGGAACCUGAAACGAAGUAUAAGGGGAAGCUGGUGCAUGAAACUCAGCUUAACUGUUUCUACAUCAAACCUGGAGGUUCCAACUAUGGGAGUCCCCGUCCAGCUCAUGCCAACAUGAAUGCCAAUGCAGCUGCAGGGCUUGCCCCAGAGCAUAUCCCUACUCCAGGGGCAGCUCUGUCCUGGCAAGCUGCAAUUGAUGCUGCCAGGCAAGCCAAAUUGAUGGGUAGUGCUGGCAAUGCAACAAUAUCCACAGCUAGCUCCACGCAGAGAAAACGGCAGCAGUACGGGAAACAGAAAAAACAGGGUACUACCACAGCUACACGUCCUCCCCGGGCACUGCUGUGUUUAACACUGAAAAAUCCCAUCCGGAGGGCAUGCAUCAGCAUCGUCGAAUGGAAAUCAUUUGAAAUAAUUAUUUUACUGACUAUUUUUGCCAAUUGUGUGGCCUUAGCUAUCUAUAUCCCCUUUCCAGAAGAUGAUUCCAAUGCCACCAAUUCCAAUCUGGAACGAGUGGAAUAUCUCUUUCUCAUAAUUUUUACAGUGGAAGCAUUUUUAAAAGUAAUAGCAUAUGGACUUCUCUUUCACCCCAACGCUUACCUCCGCAAUGGCUGGAAUUUACUAGAUUUUAUAAUCGUGGUCGUAGGGCUUUUUAGUGCAAUUUUAGAACAAGCAACCAAAGCAGAUGGGGGGAAUUCAAUAGGAGGAAAAGGUGCCGGAUUUGAUGUUAAAGCACUGCGGGCUUUCCGAGUAUUGCGUCCGUUACGGCUGGUGUCUGGAGUUCCUAGUCUUCAGGUGGUUUUAAACUCCAUUAUCAAGGCCAUGGUCCCUUUGUUGCAUAUUGCCCUGCUGGUGCUGUUUGUCAUUAUCAUCUAUGCCAUCAUUGGACUGGAGUUAUUCAUGGGAAAGAUGCAUAAGACCUGCUACCACGUGCAAGGGGGGCUGAUAGAUACACCUGCAGAAGAUGAUCCGUCUCCCUGUGCCCCCCAGUCUGCACAUGGGCGGCAGUGUCAGAAUGGCACCGAAUGCAAAGCAGGCUGGGAGGGACCCAAGCACGGCAUUACGAACUUUGACAAUUUUGCUUUUGCCAUGCUGACGGUGUUUCAGUGCAUCACGAUGGAGGGCUGGACAGAUGUACUCUACUGGGUCAAUGAUGCCAUAGGAAGGGACUGGCCCUGGAUCUAUUUUGUUACACUAAUCAUCAUAGGGUCAUUUUUUGUACUUAACUUGGUUCUCGGUGUACUUAGCGGGGAGUUUUCCAAAGAAAGAGAGAAGGCUAAGGCUCGUGGUGAUUUCCAGAAGUUACGGGAAAAACAACAGCUGGAGGAGGAUUUGAAGGGAUAUUUAGACUGGAUAACUCAAGCUGAAGACAUUGACCCAGAAAAUGAAGAUGAAGGCAUGGAUGAGGAGAAGCCUCGAAACAUGAGCAUGCCCACCAGUGAGACCGAGUCCGUGAACACAGACAACGUCCCUGGAGCAGAUAUUGAAGGCGAAAACUGCGGUGCUAGGCUAGCGCAUCGGAUCUCCAAAUCUAAGUUUAGUCGCUACUGGCGCCGGUGGAAUCGAUUCUGCAGAAGAAAGUGCCGUGCCGCUGUCAAGUCCAAUGUUUUCUACUGGUUGGUGAUCUUCCUCGUGUUUCUUAACACCCUUACUAUUGCCUCUGAACACUACAACCAGCCUGACUGGCUCACUGAGGUUCAAGACACUGCCAAUAAGGUGCUGCUAGCUCUUUUCACGGCAGAGAUGUUGCUGAAGAUGUACAGCCUUGGUCUGCAGGCCUAUUUUGUGUCCCUCUUCAACCGCUUUGACUGUUUCAUCGUGUGUGGAGGAAUCCUGGAAACGAUUCUGGUUGAGACAAAGAUCAUGUCACCACUGGGCAUUUCAGUGUUGAGAUGUGUUCGGCUAUUAAGAAUAUUUAAAAUCACAAGAUAUUGGAACUCCCUGAGCAACCUUGUGGCUUCACUCCUGAAUUCAGUUCGCUCCAUUGCUUCCCUGUUGCUGCUCCUCUUCCUCUUCAUUAUCAUCUUCUCACUCCUGGGGAUGCAGCUCUUUGGGGGCAAGUUUAACUUUGACGAAAUGCAGACCAGGAGGAGUACAUUUGACAACUUCCCCCAAUCCCUCCUCACUGUGUUUCAGAUCCUGACUGGGGAGGACUGGAAUUCGGUGAUGUAUGAUGGGAUCAUGGCUUAUGGCGGCCCCUCUUUUCCAGGAAUGUUGGUCUGUAUUUACUUCAUCAUCCUCUUCAUCUGUGGAAACUAUAUCCUGCUGAAUGUAUUUUUGGCUAUUGCUGUGGACAACCUUGCUGAUGCUGAGAGUUUAACAUCUGCACAGAAAGAGGAGGAAGAGGAAAAAGAAAGGAAAAAGUUAGCUAGGACUGCUAGUCCUGAAAAGAAACAGGAGAUUGAAAAAACAGCUGUGGAGGAGGAGACAAAGGAGGAGAAAAUUGAGCUGAAAUCAAUCACUGCUGAUGGAGAAUCCCCGCCUGCUACCAAGAUCAAUAUGGAUGAUUAUCAACCCAAUGAAAACGAAGAAAAGAGCCCAUAUCCCACAACAGAAGCACCAGCAGAGGAAGAUGAGGAAGAACCUGAGAUGCCUGUUGGCCCUCGACCUCGCCCAAUGUCUGAACUGCACCUCAAGGAAAAGGCUGUGCCCAUGCCUGAUGCCAGCGCUUUUUUCAUCUUCAGUCCUAACAACAGGUUUCGUGUCCACUGCCAUCGAAUCGUUAAUGAUAACAUUUUCACCAACCUGAUCCUAUUUUUCAUCUUGCUCAGCAGCAUCUCCCUGGCGGCUGAGGACCCCGUCCGACACCUCUCCUUUAGGAACCAAAUUCUCUUUUAUUUUGAUAUAGUUUUUACUGUCAUUUUCACCAUUGAAAUUGCUCUGAAGAUCCUAGGCAAUGCAGACUAUGUCUUCACUAGUAUCUUUACAUUAGAAAUUAUUCUUAAGAUGACCGCAUAUGGAGCUUUCCUCCAUAAGGGCUCCUUCUGCAGAAACUAUUUCAACAUCUUAGACCUGCUGGUGGUCAGCGUUUCUCUCAUCUCCUUUGGGAUCCAGUCCAGUGCCAUCAAUGUGGUGAAGAUCCUGCGUGUUCUGCGAGUACUUAGACCACUGAGGGCCAUCAACAGAGCCAAAGGGCUAAAGCAUGUGGUCCAGUGUGUGUUUGUCGCCAUCCGAACCAUCGGAAACAUUGUGAUUGUCACAACUUUGCUGCAGUUCAUGUUUGCCUGCAUUGGAGUUCAGUUGUUCAAGGGCAAACUCUAUAGCUGCACUGAUAGCUCCAAGCAGACAGCAGCAGAAUGCAGAGGGUACUACAUUACAUACAAGGAUGGUGAGGUCAACCAGCCAAUGAUCCAGCCCCGGAGCUGGGAGAACAGCAAGUUUGACUUUGACAACGUCUUGACUGCCAUGAUGGCCCUCUUCACUGUCUCGACCUUUGAGGGCUGGCCAGAGUUGCUGUAUAGGUCCAUUGAUUCCCACAUGGAGGAUGUGGGACCCAUCUAUAAUCACAGGGUUGAGAUCUCCAUCUUCUUUAUUAUCUACAUCAUCAUCAUUGCUUUCUUCAUGAUGAACAUCUUCGUUGGUUUCGUCAUCGUCACAUUUCAGGAACAAGGAGAACAAGAAUACAAGAACUGUGAGCUGGACAAGAACCAGCGCCAGUGUGUAGAAUACGCCCUGAAGGCCCGGCCCCUGCGGAGAUACAUCCCUAAAAACCAGUAUCAGUACAAAGUUUGGUAUGUGGUCAACUCCACCUAUUUUGAAUACCUGAUGUUCGUUUUGAUCCUGCUGAACACCAUCUGCCUGGCCAUGCAACACUAUGGUCAGAGCUGCAUGUUCAAGGAAGCCAUGAACAUCCUCAACAUGCUUUUCACUGGCCUCUUCACUGUCGAGAUGGUCCUGAAAUUAAUCGCCUUCAAACCUAAGGGUUACUUUAGUGAUCCUUGGAAUGUUUUUGACUUCCUCAUCGUAAUUGGCAGCAUUAUAGACGUCAUUCUCAGUGAAACUAAUCACUAUUUCUGUGAUGCAUGGAAUACAUUUGACGCCUUGAUUGUUGUGGGUAGCAUUGUUGAUAUAGCAAUCACCGAGGUGAACCCAGCUGAACAUACCCAAUGCUCUUCCUCUAUGAACGCAGAGGAAAACUCUCGCAUCUCAAUCACCUUCUUCCGACUCUUCCGCGUGAUGCGUCUUGUGAAGCUCCUGAGCCGAGGGGAGGGCAUCCGGACGCUGCUUUGGACCUUCAUCAAGUCCUUCCAGGCUCUCCCCUAUGUGGCUCUUUUAAUAGUGAUGCUAUUCUUCAUCUACGCUGUGAUAGGGAUGCAGGUGUUUGGUAAAAUUGCACUGAACGAUACCACAGAAAUCAACCGCAACAACAACUUCCAGACCUUCCCCCAAGCAGUGCUGCUGCUUUUCAGGUGUGCCACUGGCGAGGCCUGGCAGGAAAUCAUGCUGGCAUGUCUCCCAGACAAGAAGUGCGACCCGGAGUCGGAGCCAGCCAACUCCACCGAAGCCGACCACUCCUGCGGCAGCAGCUUCGCCGUCUUCUACUUCAUCAGCUUCUACAUGCUCUGUGCCUUCCUGAUCAUCAAUCUUUUUGUAGCUGUUAUAAUGGAUAACUUUGAUUACCUGACGCGGGACUGGUCCAUUUUAGGACCACACCACCUGGAUGAGUUUAAAAGGAUCUGGGCAGAGUAUGACCCUGAAGCCAAGGGGCGGAUCAAGCACUUGGACGUGGUGACACUGCUCCGGCGCAUUCAGCCCCCCCUGGGCUUUGGGAAGCUCUGCCCCCACCGAGUGGCUUGCAAACGCCUUGUCUCCAUGAAUAUGCCACUGAACAGUGAUGGAACUGUGAUGUUCAAUGCCACUCUCUUUGCGUUGGUCAGAACAGCACUGAGGAUCAAGACAGAAGGUAACCUGGAGCAAGCCAAUGAAGAGCUUAGAGCAAUAAUUAAGAAAAUCUGGAAGCGCACCAGCAUGAAGCUGCUGGACCAGGUGGUGCCCCCCGCAGGUGAUGAUGAGGUGACCGUCGGGAAGUUCUACGCUACUUUCCUGAUUCAAGAAUAUUUCCGGAAAUUCAAGAAACGCAAAGAACAGGGCCUGGUGGGCAAGCCGUCCCAGCGCAAUGCCCUCUCCUUACAGGCUGGUUUGCGCACACUUCACGACAUCGGGCCAGAGAUCCGACGGGCGAUCUCGGGAGACCUGACAGCUGAAGAAGAGCUAGAUAAGGCCAUGAAAGAAGCUGUUUCUGCUGCCUCUGAAGAUGAUAUUUUCCGGAGAGCUGGAGGCCUGUUUGGAAACCAUGUCAGCUACUACCAAAGUGAUGGCAGGAGUGCAUUCCCCCAGACAUUUACCACCCAGCGACCUCUGCACAUCAAUAAGUCUGGCAACAACCAGGGAGACACUGAGUCUCCAUCUCACGAGAAGCUGGUGGACUCCACCUUCACUCCCAGCAGCUACUCAUCUUCAGGCUCCAAUGCCAACAUCAACAAUGCCAACAACACUGCCUUGUGCCGCUUCCCCAGCCCACCCAGCUACCCCAGCACUGUCAGCACAGUGGAAGGCCACGGGGCCCCAUUGUCACCCACCAUCCGUGUGCAGGAAGCUCCUUGGAAACUACCCUCCAAAAGGACGCAUUACUACGAAACACUGGGACGCUCCAGUUCCAGAGACAGCCAGCUGGCAAUUGUUUGCCAAGAGGAAGUGUCUCAGGAUGAGACUUAUGAUGAAAAUUUGAAUGAAGACAUUGAGUACUGUAGUGAACCAAGUCUGCUCUCUACUGAAAUGCUUUCAUACCAAGAUGAUGAAAACAGACAACUUACUCCACCAGAAAACAACAAAGGAGAGGACACCCGGCACUCUCCAAAGAAAGGGUUUCUGCGCUCCUCAGCACUAGGUCGAAGAGCAUCUUUUCACUUAGAGUGUCUGAAAAGACAGAAAAACCAGGGCGUAGACGUCUCGCAGAAGACAGUUCUGCCUUUACAUCUGGUACAUCAUCAGGCGCUAGCGGUGGCCGGCCUGAGCCCCCUCCUGCAGCGAAGCCAUUCCCCCACCAUGUUCUCCCGGCUGUGCGCAACGCCGCCCGCCACGCCCUGCAGCCGCGGCUGGCCGCAGCAGGCCAUCCCCACACUGCGUCUCGAGGGGGCAGAGUCCAGUGAGAAGCUCAACAGCAGCUUCCCAUCAGUGCACUGCAGCUCCGGCUUCCCCGAUGGCACCGGCUGCAGCAGCCCGAGGAGAGCCAGGCCGGUCUCCCUCACCGUCCCCAGCCAGAGCGCAGGGAGCAGCAGGCAGUUUCACGGCAGCGCCGGCAGCCUGGUGGAAGCGGUCUUGAUUUCGGAAGGACUGAUGCAGUUUGCUCAAGAUCCAAAAUUCAUUGAGGUCACAACCCAGGAGCUCGCAGACGCCUGCGACAUGACGAUAGAAGAGAUGGAAAAUGCAGCAGACAACAUUCUCAAUGGUAACAGCAAGCAGAGCCCCAAUGGCAACCUCUUGCCUUUUGUUAACUGCAGGGACGCAGGGCAGGACAGUGCAGGCGAGGAAGAGGAAGAGGUGCAGAGCCCGGAUUGUAGAAAAAGUCAGGAGGAGCUCAAGGACAGCAGGAUUUAUAUCAGCAGCCUGUAG